GCAACAUGGCCCCCAACAAUGCCGGUCCUGAGCUCCGUCUAUAGGGGGGUGGGGGGUCGGAGGGGAGGGGGUCGAACAGCGGGAAUCCUACCGGACACACACCGGAGACACGGAGCUCCCGGCGGCCAUCGAGCCUCCGCUGCUCCCGGUCUACGUGAUCCGCGUCACACGCGACAUUUCUACACUAAUGACGCGGGUAUCUGUCCACACAGGUGUACACGCACGCACACACACACACACACGCGCGCGCACACACAGGCCUAUUUCAGACCUUCAUCCGUUAGAAGUUGUGUGGCUGGUUGUUGGUGUUGAGCUCUUCACGUAUCUUCUCAGACACAACAGCUGGGAGCCGGAGGAGAACAUUCUGGACCCGAGGCUGCUGGCCGCCUUCCACAAGAGAGAACAAGAGCGAGAACUUCUGUUCCAGAAGAAAGGGAAACGGCCGAGAGGACGGCCCAGGAAGAUUCAGCAGCCGGAGCCGGCCGCUGCAGAAGAUGGCCACUCCUCUUCCUCUUCCUCCCCCUCCUCCUCCAGUCUCUCAUCCUCCGUCUCGUCCUCCGAGGAAGAGGAAGAGGAGGAAGAGGAGGAGGAGCACGGCAAGAAGACCAAGCCACGAAUCCACGGCGUCCCGGUGAAGAGGCCUCCGAUGGCGCUCCCCGAGCCCGACCCCCCCUGCAAGAAGAAGCGUGGCAGGAAGCCGCUGCACCCCGACCUGAGGCUUCUGAGGCAGGCCAAGAGCAGACCUCCUCUCCUCCUCCCUCCUCUUCCUCCUCUUCAUCCUCGCCACCAGCAGGUGCUCAGACCCCCCAGGGAGGACCCCCGCUGCGCAGUGAAGAAGCCCCUGCAGCCGGCCAGCUUCACCUACACCGGGCUGAGCCGGGCCUCCAGGGACGAGGCCUCCUCCAGCUCCUUCUCCCAGAGCGCCUCCUCUAAGGCGGGCUCCCUGGGCUGCAUCUGGAGCGGGCGCUCCAUGUCUCCGGCCUCCUACGCCAGAACCGGCCCGGCUCCUCCGUCCUCAGAAACAGGAAGUAGAGGCGACGGGCACAAGGCCCCGAAGGCCGGAGGCGGCUCGGGGUCGCACGCCGUCCUCGGCCACCCGACGGCGGCGCCGCGCUCCGUGCUGGGUCAGCGGCGCCAUGACGGGCCGGUCCAACACAGGCGGGAGAACCUCCCGAGAGAGCGAGCCAGCCAGGCGCUCAGCCUGCGGGCGCUCAACCUGCAGAGCGUCGGCGCCGCCAGGUCCAGCUCCAGGAGCGCCGCCUCCACCAAAAGAGGGGCGGCGAGCGGCGGCGAGCAGGCCCGCCUGCGGGAGGACCCGGGGAAGGAGGCGACCACAAAGGCGCCCAAGAUGCACGGCCAGAACCGGAGCCUCACCGAGCUCAGCACCGGCGACUCCGAGGAGACCAGCAGCAGCGAGUCGGAGCGGGGGGGCGCCGCGUCGUACCCGAGCGCCGACCACGGCGCCGGCCGGCCGGGCCUCGGCGGCUCCGACGGCGAGACGGACUGGCGGCCGGCCCGGAGCCUCCUGGAGCACGUGUUCGUCACAGACGUCACCGCCAACUUCAUCACGGUGACGGUGAAGGAGUCGCCCACCAGCGUCGGGUUCUUCAACUCCAGAACCCACUGAGGGGUCAAAGGGCGCCGAGGGGUCACAGGACAGCAGGAAGCCAAGUGGGUCUCUGCUGCGGAUCGACCCGAGAACUGAAAACGGGCCCAUGAAUAUAAUUAGUUUUUUCUCUCUCAGAACAUCAGGGACCCGUUGGACCCGAACUGGUCAUGUGACCUUCACCAUGUUUAAACUAAAUAUUUAAAAUAAUGAGUGACGUGAAUUCAACGCCUGUCAGUUUUCUCUCUUUUGGACCAAAGCUGUUUACAAAUGUGAAUUUUUUUAUUUGUUUCCUUUGCACACCGCUGACAUUCCAUCAUCACUUAAAUGUACUGCUUUUAUAACAUUUUAAUACAUUUUGCUGUCUUUUGAAAUCUGUGUUAAUUUAUAUUUGUAAAUAUGUCUCUUCUCUGAUGGUGCUCCUCUGUGCCUCACCGCCAUUUACAAGGUAUUUGAAAUAAAUAUAAAGUACAUGAAGAA